AUGCGAGAAACCCUCGCUGGUCGCAAGGCACGUUACGCGCAAGGUUUCCGCGAAUGGAUGUUACUACGGCAACAAGAUGAAGAUUUGGGCUCGUCGAUUGACGCUUUCGAUGUUGAGAACCUCGGUCCGCUGCCCUUGCAUCCUUAUUUCCCGCUGGGUCUCGAGCUCGAGCUCUGGGGCAAAACACUCUACGCUGUCGGUUGCUCGAAAUGGCGCACGGGAUGCAAUUCUCAGGACAUUCCGGAAUUCACCAAGAAAUUUCGACUGGCGAUAUCAGUGCAAAGACCUACGUCCAUUCAGUUCGAAAGCAGCGCAUGUACCUUUCCUAAGUGGUUUGGCAACGACGGCGGUCAUCUUGGAGUCUUGGUCCUGGCUUGGGCUUACAUCCUAUCUGCACGCUGGGCUGAGAUCAUGCCUGGAGCAGGGAUUUGCUACACUGCACCAUACGAGAGAGUUCAGGGCAUUUCCGAGGAUCCAAAGUUCAAAAAAGUGUUCACCCUGACUACUGGCACAAACAAUGUAGGCGCACUUCAUUGGUGGAAGGCACUUGUCGGCCCAGGUCGCCGGUGGUCUGCAACCAUUUCGAAAAGCGGUCAGACAUCUAUUUCGCCAUGGAGUACACUGAUCUCCAUGCCAGAAGAUUUGGAUGUACGUGUCACCGGCAUUGAAGGGUCAGAUGAGGAUGUCACAGCGGAACAGAGUCUCUCCGCACCAUCAUCGGAUCAAGCCAUGCAAUUUUUGACGGAAUACUGCGAGUAUCACAGCAUACAAAACCAGUGUGCGGCCGCGUUGUCAGCUGCACUGGUGUUGCCUCUGGCGAGGAGUAGCAGGCGAUCCGUUCGACUCCCAGUCCCUCAAUCUUCCGCAAGGCGAUCAUCGUGGGGUCUCAGUUCAAAACCCUCUGUUCUCAGUCAAGAGCAGCUUGACAAGCUGCUCACGCUGAGCUGCAAUUGCGAGGGCAUCGAAGCUAUCUUGAGUAGCUGCUUUCUCAAUCCAGAUGUUCCCGGGAACGUUUGCAGUGACUACUUGCAGGGCAUAUUCGCAGUCAUUGAUGCGACUCAUGACAUACAAGAUCGCACCUCGCUACUGAUGCGGGGACUUGGCCACAUGGGAUUUCUUUGGCUUGGUGCUGGUAUAGCGGGUUUGCAAGACGGGCUGCUGAGACUAUUUCGCGACCGUACUGCUGACCCCGAACUGCACUCUGCUGCUUGGACUCAGACGCUGCAGUCUUUCAUCCAACAGCCAGUCUUGGGCAUCCAAAAUGGACGAGUCGCGCGCGCAGAUGAGUGCAAACUUCUUUUCCUGACUCAGGCAAAAUGGCACACAAACCCGCCCCUGUCAGCAUGGCCUCUUUUCGGAACCACAGAAUUGAAGGACGUCAACCUUGAGGUCGAGGAACACAUCAGAUGCGGAUCGCAUUGCUUAUUUUAUGACAGCUGGACUUGGAGCUGCCGCGACAAGAACAACCCCGUCUCUCAUCGCCCAAGUCCCAGCAUACCCAGGUUACACUCUGCACAGAGAGUCAUUGACGCCACGAUACCUGUGUCUUACCACGCAUUUGACCCUGAAGAGGAAUCCGCGUCGGAGAACACAACAAUGAACAAUUUCAGUUGGCUGCGAGGGACUGACGGGUAUCCUGUGGCUGAAAGGGACAUUCGAAAUCACGAAUGGCUCAGAGAAGAUACCGACAACUAA